UCCAGGCGCCUCUCCAGGUUCUCGAUGCAGCCGGCCAUGCCGAAGACCAGCGCCUGCAGCUGGCUGCGCGCCUCGGCGGCGGGCAGCUGGGCGAGGGCUAGGGCCGGGCACUGCGGCUCCUCCGGCAGCCGCAGCGUGGCCGAACCCGGGCCCAGGCUCAGCGCGGCGGCUCCGUGAUCCAGGGCGGCCCUGCGGGGAACGGGGAUAAGGGGAGCAGGAGAGAGAGGGGCUCCGGGCGAGGUGGGGCCUAGGGUGGGGGGAGCCCGGGGAGAGAGGGUGCCCGUAGCGAGGGAGGUCCCAGGGCGGCGGCACCCACCUGAGCAUCGCGCCGUGCUCCUCCGGCGGGCACCGCUGCAGAGGGAGAGGAGGAGGAGAGCGCGUCCAACACGGCCUAGCCUGGGUCCAGAUCCAUCCCUGCCCCUCCGGCACCCCGGUCUCAGCCCCGGGCUCUCCCGCCUCCCCCUGUUCGCCCUGGUACAUACAAAGCCGAGUGCCGGGCAGCCACCGAGCUCCCCGGCCCAGACCUCCAUCGCGUCGGUCACACUGCGGGAGGAAGCAGCUCAGGCCAGGGCUGCUCGACCCCCGCCCGCCCCCCACCUGCUCCUUCUCCCGCCCCGCUCUCACUAGACGGCGCCGUCGGGUCCGCAGUAGCAGAGGAACCGGCCUGACCCGGUUCGGAGCACAUGAAAAGGCCCCGCCGGUUCCUCCAUGGCCGCGGCGGAAGGGGCGGGUGGCAAGGGCGGAUCCUGGCCCGGGCCGGGCCCGGCAGCCUCGCCAUGGUGAACCUGGGCGUGCGGCGGGUGGAGGACGAUGUGGCUGCCAAGUACCCGGCGCUGCAGCAGUACGCGGCUUGCCAGUCUCACGCCUUCUUGAAGGGCAUCGGCACCUUCUUGGCAGGUACGGGCCGGUCCAGCCACCCCGGCAUCCCCCGGGCUGUCCUUGGCCGCUCCGCGGGGGCAGCGAGGACGUCCCGGCCGUGUCCAGUAACCCCGGCCUCGGUCUUGGCAGGCAGCGUGGCCGCCUUCGCGGUGCAGAAGAUGGCGCGGCAGAAGCUGCCGUACAGCCUGCAGUGGAGCCUGCUGUUGGCUGCGGCUGCAGGGUCCCUCGGAAGCUACGUGGUAACCAGAGCUGAGACGCAGAAAUGCUCUAACUUCUGGAUUUAUCUGGAGACAGAAAACCUCCCUAGUGCAGAAGACAGGGACGGCGCUGCAACACUGGUGAGGAGGAACAGGUACGGUGACGUGGUGGAGUAGCCAGCAGAGCAUAGCCUGCCGUGCCUGUGUCCCACUUCACCCCUUCCUGUCUGCCCAACCUGACACUGCCCAUGCUGCCUGUGAGGGUGGUGGGCUUGGUGACACUUAUGGAAAGCUCUGAGGACUUGAUCCUGCCAGAGAAAGCAUGGUGGAGGCACCUCAGGGAUUCCUGCCUGCCCCAUGGCCUCUGCACAUUGCACUCGGGGUACAAUAAAAGUUGCGAGCUGAAUGCACUUGUUGUGGAUGAGGUGAAGGGCAGA